AUGGCUACGUAUCACCACCACGGACGUGGCGGAAAGCGGCUGACCGAAAGACCUACACGUGGCUCAACGUCGGAUGAGGAAUGCUCGGAUUUUGAAACCAAAAUGGCUAAAGAGUUAGCAGACAUGGAAAGAAGAAUUAAAGAAGAUGAAAGGAAAAAUAAAGAACUACUUGAGAAACUAAAUCAAUUGGAGCAGUUUCUCAUGCCUGUGCCAAAUAGGCCCGAAAUACCGACAACACCAAUUGAUGUCAUUGAUAUGAAAACUUAUGAAGGAGGCCAACUUUUGAAACAGACGGGGAAUGAGUCAACCACAGAUUCAGAAAGCUCAACCAAAAAUAUUGCAGAACCCCCUUUAAAGAAGAAGAAAAAGAAAAAUAAUGUCAAAAAAGCUGAAGCAAAUCUAAUCAUGACCACGAAUAGUAAACUUUUUUCACCGAUAGAUACCGCCACCUCCUUACAACCAUCUGAAUCUAUAUCUGAUACUGACGUAGCCCCACCCAAGGAGGAUUCCAGUUCAACUGUAGAUCCACCCACAACUCCAGCAAAAGUUCAACCAAUUAAGCAUAUAAAAGUUCUUAUUCGUGGUCUUCCAGUUGGAUUCUGUACUGAUCAUAUCUCCCAGCAACUGGCGAAGUCAGACAUCAUAACGCAAAAGAUAAUUCAGUUUAAGAGAAAAGUGUGCGGGACCUACAGGCUCCUCCCACUUUUUCUUACAAUUCUCACAGAAACAGAUGUUAAUCGACAAAUUUUCUCUAUCACCAAUAUACAAAGUAUCCCGGUCAGUAUUGAAAGGUUCCGAGGCGGGCAAAAUCCAAUCCAGUGUUACAACUGCCAAGAAUUUGGACACAGUCAAAGAUCAUGUAAUUCACCAUCAAGAUGUGUUAAGUGCGCCGCCAAACACCGAUCAUACGAGUGCCAAAAAGAUGAAAAUACACCACCUAAGUGCAGUAACUGCGGAGACUCUCAUACAGCCAACUACACGGGGUGCAGAGCCCGUCCCCGCAGGAGGGGAACACGUGCCAUACCACCACCAACAACAGGACUUGCUCAAAGGUUGGUUACAAUAAUUAAAGAAUUGCAAGAACUUUUAAAAAAUCAAGAAGUGCUUCAACUGCUUCAGAGGAUUAUGGGGGAAGCCACUCUUGCACAGUAACAUCUUUUUUGACUUGAUUUGAACUUCUAUUUGAACUCUUAUUAUUAUUCAGAACUCUAAUUUUCCAUACAGAUUAUUAAAAUAAAUACUGCAUACUGCCCUUUCAAAUUAAAGUUGAUCAUACUAGAUGGCGCCACUAAGGCUUGUCAAAAAUUAUGUAAAAUCUUCACGUCCAUGAAUCACGACUUUUGUAUAUAUAUAAUCAUCAUUUAUUCAUGCUCAUAUUCAAUUUUCUGUACAUAUUUAUGGCAAUUAAUGUAAAUAUCUCUGUUCAAGUUGUAAUGUUUUCUAAUCAAGGUUAUAUUUUCUGUACAUUUUUUCAUGGCAAUUACUGUAAAUAUCUCUGUUCAAGUUUGUAUUUUCUCUAAUCAUGGUAAUAUUAUUGUAAAGCUACCACAACG